AUGGAACACCGACCUCGAAACGGCUUUGGAAAGCCUGUGCUGGAUAGUCUAAAUCCUCAAAGAUUUACGUCCCAGAUACCCCAACCUUCACAAGGUAAAAGGCGAAACACUACAAAUAUGGGAUUAACCGAUAUGAUUAACAAAAGUAUUGCCAAAAAUGCACCUGUACCACCUCAGAAAAGAUCACGAUCUACCGUAACGGGAGACGAUUCUGCAGCUAAUUUUAGACUCUCGCAACGGUAUUCUUCGUUACCUUUUUCUGCAAAUAAUACGGGAAGAACUUCGAUGACUUCCACAACUUCCGUAUCUAACAGAGAUCCAAGACCUUUAAGGGACAGGAAUUACCAGAAUGCAAUUCAACAGGAAAUUUGCGAUUAUUUGACAUUCAACAGGUUUGACGUAGAGACUGGCCACCCCAUAUCCUUAAAAUUUUUAAAACAACCGACACAGAAGGGAUUCAUGAUUAUAUUUAAAUGGUUAUACAUGAGACUAGACCCUGGUUAUAAGUUUACUAGAUCUGUGGAGAAUGAAGUUUAUCAGAUUCUUAGAACUUUACAAUACCCGUACUUGGAGACUAUAAACAAAUCACAAAUUUCCGCAGUUGGUGGAUCCAGUUGGCCCAAAUUUUUGGGUAUGCUUUAUUGGCUUGUGAAGAUUAAUGCAAAACUAGAUAAAAGUCUCAAUGAGCUAGAUCAAACUCUGAUCAACCAAAAUACCCAAGACGUUACGAUUCUGAAUCAACCAUUGACCACUUUAGAUGAACAAGAUCAGAAGCAAGAAAAAUACGAAUUAAUGGUCGAAAAACUCUUUAUCGAAUAUGUGAUGGACUCUUACAAAAGUUUCCUUAGAUUGGAGGAUAACUACGAUCCUUAUAUGAUUCAGUUAGAAAUUGGAUUCGAAAAAUUCGUUCGUAUCAUUGAAACCGAUAUCAACCAAUUACAGUUGCAAAACGACAAAAUUUAUAUGCAGUGCCAAGAUGUAGCACAGAGAGGAAAACAACUGAAAAUUGCAAGAGAAAAAUGUAAAGCGCUUAAGAGUGAUUUGGUUAAAUUCCAAAGUUAUGUCGAUGGGAUGAAUCACAAGAGUCAAGAAUGGCCACGUAAAUUGGAGAAAAUGGCAUCAGAAUCACUUGCGAAGAAGGAGCAAAUUUCCAAAUUUGAACUAGAAAUUAAAGACUUACAAAAUGGGUUGGAACAAAGAGGAAUUUCCAUGGAUAACAUUGAUGAGAAGAAUAAACAGAAGGAGGAGCUGGCAAAAACGCUCGAUUACACUUUGGACAGGCAGGACCAGUUGACGAGUGUAAUUAAAGCUGAUAAAUUCGAAAUCGAAGGUGUAUGGCGUAGGCUCAUGGAGACUUUAAAACAGUAUAACAACGCCAUUGAUAGUCUCAUCAACGCGCGUACCAAGUCUAAUGAUACCAUUGAUGACGCUGAACUUAGGGUCACGAUACCUGCAGAUAUAAAUUGGAUUGAUGCUGUGGCCAUCACUUAUGCUGAAUUGUUUGGCCCGAACUACAGCAUAACAGAAACUGUUGGUGCUAACUUGUCACAAAUAAACAACAAGAUUCUAUCAAAAAUUGAACGCGCUCAAAACGAUAACAACACUUUGGAAAUGGAAAUAAGUGAUCUGAGGGAUCAGAUAAGUGAAAAGACCAGAGCCAUUGAACGCCUAGAGUUAGAAUUAUCUGAUGUAAAAUCAAAGUACAAGUUAGGCAAACAGGAAAACGAAAGCCAUUUACUUUCACAAAAAAUUGAAUUAGAAAAGUUGGAGAGAAAAAUUAACGAUUCCAAUAAGUUGUUACAAGAAAAGAUAUCAACUGCUCAACAACUCGUUCAAGCUACAAAAUUGAAAUUCGAGGAGCAACAAUUAGAUAUCAAUCGUCAAAGGGCCUCUCUGCAUAGGCAAAUAAUUGAGAUUAUAGAAUUUGCCAGUAAUUUCAAAAUUAAUAUACAGGGGUUAAUUGAACAAACGGAAAACCGUAUAAACCAAGAGGCCGCUACUUUAGAUGCGGAUUAA